UUGUUGUAUUUCCUGAUGAUUUCAGUGCAGUCGGAGCGAAAUUUCCGGAUCAUUUUAGGGAUGGAGACGAAGGAAAAGUGGUUGUGGAAGAAAACUAAGUUGGAGAAAUUCUACGAGAUUUUCGCCAUCAGUUACCAGCUCACCCUCGUCACGCGUGAACAUCUCCAUGAAGAACAGGUCAUCCGCGCUCUGACCCAUUGUCAAAGUUACUUCCAGAUGACACAAAGGACGCGGAUCUACACGAUAAACUACAGCAAUACAGCUUCAAUAAAGAGACAGGUCCUUUGUGGUGCGCGAAGCUGAAACCAGAAUUAGGCUCCUCACCAGAUGCUGUCUUUGGGGACGGCGUCGCAGGAUUUCCUCAUCGGUACUCCCUCUUCCUGGGCAUUAGUCACGCUGUCACUGACGGCACUUCGAACGCCAUCGUUUGCGGCUUCCUCGUCCAGAUCCUCGACGACGUUCUGGCAGGGAGGGAAAUCAAUGAUGAGGAACAGCUCGGGAUGUACGUAUCGGAUGAAAGGAUAAAGAAAGCAAUAGGCGAGAAAGUUGCAUUCGUGAAAGGCAAUCCCGAACUCCAGAGCAAAUUGCUAGCAGACUAUCAGAUACUGCAAGGGAGGCGCUCGCUUCUAAAAACAGUUUUCAAGGGAGUCGGAGAGGAAAAGGGAAGGAGCUUAUAUCGGACACAGAACCUCGACGCCAGAACUACAGCUGCUUUCAUCAAGCGGUGUCGUGCGGAGGGCGUCACCUUCAACUCUGCUUUCGCAGCAAUUGCGAACUUUGCGACAAUCGAGCUCCUGGUGCAUGGAGGCUUCGAGCGGGAUUCGUACAGCAUUCAUAGCUUACACGUCCUCAACGCCCGUCGCUACCUGGAAGGCGAUACUUCUCAGUACCUUGGGUGUCAUAUCAUGAUGCUCAAUGGCAUCUUCGAAACUCCGAGACACUUCAAUGAAAAUUUUUGGAAAUAUGCAAAGCCCAUUAACGAGGAACUCCACUCGAAGAUCAAAAGUGGUUAUCCACUUCAGUUGGAAGGGAUCAAUGACCUUGUGCCAAAGACCCCAGAUUUCAACCCCAAUUACGAGUUCGAAUAUUGCAUUACGAACAUGGGAGACGUAACGCAGAAGGUAACAGAGGGUGGCGAACACGUUCAGGUUCUGCAUCUCCUAAGGACGGUCGAUAUCUGCAAGGUUUCUUGUACGUGCAGCAACUUUUUGCAUACUCUGCGUGGACGUCUCACCCAUACUGUCGUCUACAAUACAGCGCACUUCACCCCACACCUGGCUGAAAUGUUCUGCGAGAGAGUCUUCCAUUAUCUUCGUGCAUCUCUAGAGGUUUAAGGCAACUUUGUAUUGUGUGAGAUGAACGCAUAUCCUUAAGUGUUUUUUUUAGUUUUGUUAUUUACAGAAGAGAGUGACAUAUUUUGUUGUGUGAGUGUUAACGUAUGUGUGGAUGGAUAGAUGGUUUAGGAGGAGGGAAAAGAAAAGAAUAUCUACUAAAACAGAUAACAUCCUUUGAAAUUACAUGGACAUGAAGCUAUAUAUAAUGAUUGAUGGAUAAUAUGAUUAAAAAGAUUGGUACUUAUCGAUAAAAAUUCGGGUUGGCAACUGCUAUGCUCCACCCAUUUUUUAUAAUCUACUGUAUAUAUAUAUAAACGAUUUCUAUAU